GUUCCGCGUUGCUUCUCUUUCUUUUUCGCCUUGGAGUCUUUUUUAGUUGCGUUCAUUAUUCACUUCUUUUUCCUACUGCGUUACAGACGCAACAUCACAAAACCUUCUUGUUCUCUGUUAUGGCUUUCUCUUCCUCUGCUUCUGCUUUCUUAACUCAAGCAAAGCAUCAUGUUUUCCUGAGUUUUAGAGGUGAAGACACACGCAAUACCUUCCUCAGUCACCUGUAUGAAGCUUUGAAAGGAAAAGGGAUUGGAGCUUAUGCUGAUUUCAAAGAACUUCCGAGGGGAGAGGAAAUUUCUUCCGCACUGUUGGAAGCAAUCGAAAAAUCAAUGAUUUCCGUAAUAGUUUUUUCUCAGAAGUAUGCUACUUCAUCAUGGUGCUUGGAUGAACUCUCCAAGAUAAUGGAAUGCAGGGAUUCACGAGGACAACUUGUGGUACCCAUUUUCUACCAUGUUAACCCAUCCGAUAUACGAAAACUAAAAGGGAGUUUUGAAGAAGCUUUUGUUGACCAUGAAAGAAACAGGAUAGACAAGGUUAAGGGGUGGAGACUCGCUUUGACUAAAGCUGCCGGCUUAAGUGGGUGGUCCAUUGCAGGAGAUAAGCCUGAGCCCUCAGUCAUUGAGGAUAUUGUUAAAGAUAUUGUAAACAAGUUGGAUCGGUUGUCUAAAGGUGAUUGCGAAGGACUCAUUGGAAUAUUUCCUCGUAUGGAGCAAAUCAAAUCACUGUUGUGCUUUGGAGGGGAGGAUGUUCGUAUUAUUGGGAUAUGGGGAAUGCCUGGUAUAGGCAAAACAACUCUUGCUCAAGCUAUAUAUGAUGAAGUCCGUGGUCAAUUUGAAAGUUGUUACUUCUUGGCAGAUGUUAGAGAGAAGUUAGAAACACCUGCUGCAAAUGCAAUCACUCUGCGGGAUCAACUUCUUUCCCAAUUAUUAAACCAGCACGGCCUCCAUAUCGGUACUCCUAGAAUGCCCUUUUUCAUCAAGGAUAGACUCCGUCGUAAGAAAGUUCUUCUUGUCCUUGAUGAUGUCAAUGAUUGGGACCAAUUAGAAAAAUUAGAAAUUUGCCAUGACCACUUUGGUUCUGGUAGUAGAAUCAUUAUAACAUCCAGAAACAAGCAAGUCCUUACAAAUGGAUCAGUUGAUGAAACGUACAAGGCUAAGGGAUUAGGUUACAAUGACUCCAUUAAGCUUUUUUCUCUGCGUGCCUUCAACCAAAACGGCCUUGUUGAUGAUUAUAAGGAUCUAUCAAAUAAGUUUUUGGAAUAUGCUAAAGGCGUUCCGCUAGCUCUUAAAGUCUUGGGUUCUACUGUUUGUGAGAAGAACAAAGCAUAUUGGGAAAGUGCAUUGAAUAAAUUAAAGCAACAUUCCGAUCCGAAAAUUCACGAUGUGCUGAAGAUUAGCUUUGAUGGGCUGGAAGAUGUAGAGAAGAAGAUAUUUCUUGAUAUCGCAAUAUUCUUUAAAGGGUGUGGUAUACAUAGUGUAACAAAAAUACUGGACGGUUGCUAUAAUGGGACUGCUGGUUGGGCAAUUACCAACCUUGUUGAUAAAUGCCUCUUAGAUGAUACAAGAGAGAACAACCUUGGCAUGCAUGAUUUGCUACAAGAGAUGGGUAGGAUAAUUAUCAGUUCAGAAUCUCGAUGGCCAGAAGAAUGUAGUAGAUUAUGGAAUUCAGAUGAUGUUUGUAAAAUGUUAAAGAAUGGCAAGGGGACGAAAUCAGUGGAGGGAAUAUUAUUAGACCUGUCUCAAAUUAAUCAUGAAGUACAGUUACAUCCACGUGCUUUCGCAAGGAUGCCUAAUCUUAGAAUUAUCAAAUUCUAUAAUCCUACUUUAUCUAGGGAGAGUGGUAUGUUGGUUCCUUCAGACCAGGGUCUUGAAUCUCUUCCUGAUGAGUUAAGGUAUUUUCAUUGGGAGAAUUGCAUGCUGAAAUCUAUACCGUCAAAUUUUAGUCCGAAGAAUCUUGUUGAAUUAAGAUUAAGUGGUCGCAAUUUUGAACAACUUUGGAAUGGAGACCAGAAUCUUGAGAAUUUAAGAGUGCUUGAUCUGUCACAUUGCAAGAAUUUAAUCAGGAUCCCAAGUUUGUCAGCAUCCAAAAAUAUUGAACAACUGAAAAUUAGUGGGUGUAAAAGCUUGGUUGAACUCCCAUCUAUGGUUCAUUUGAAAUCUCUUCGCUUUAGACUACUCGGUUAUGGUUUAAAAAAUUUGAAGAAAUUUCCUGAGCUCCCACAGCAUAUCGAAGAGUUGACUUUAACAUGCACUGCAAUAGAAGAAAUUCCGGAGUCAAUCGGGUUUCUCCAUCAACUUGUUCGUUUGAAUAUGAGUGGUGGCCGAAUUCAUAAUCUUCCAAGCACUACUAUUCAGUUGCAUGCCCUUAGAAAAAUCAGUCUCCAAAGUUGCCGAAACAUCACAAAUUUUCCGAUUGUUCCGGAGAACAUAGAACACUUAGUUUUGGGUUACACUCCAAUAAAAGAAGUGCCUUCAUCAAUCUCAAGGCUUAAAAACCUUGCUUCUUUCGUCAUGUAUGGCUGCACAAGGCUUAAAAGCCUUCCAACCAGCAUUUGUAAGUUAAAAUCUCUUGUAUUCCUAGAUCUCCGUGGCUGUUCAAACUUAGAGUGUUUCCCAGAAAUAUUAGAGACUAAGCGUCUAAAAUAUCUUGGUUUAAGUAAAACAGCCAUAACAGAGUUAUCCUCGACUAUAUUUCGGUUUGUCCCUUUGGAAGGAUUGGAUCUAUCUGGAUCAGAUAUAGUGGAAAUUCCUAAGAGUAUCAAACAACUUUCUAAUUUACAGUAUCUAUAUUUAUCUAAUUGUGGGAACCUCGAAUCAUUGCCAGAACUUCCACCAUGUUUACAUUUUUUAGUAGCAGGAAACUGCAGAUCUUUAAAGAGAGUUCCCCAGUGGGAACAUGCGCAUUUUAUGGAAGCUGGGACAUUUUUAUUAUCUCAUCAAAUUGGGAACAGUGAAUUUCUAUUCAAUAAUUGCUUCAAUCUGGACGGGGAUGCAGUCAACAACAUUGUGGCUAAUGUACAGCUUAUAGCUCAAUGUACGGCACAGGUGUUUGCGAUGAAAUCUUCUGAAGUUGCUGCUUAUAAUUUUCCUCGUUAUAGUAAUGGUUUCCUUUCUUGUUUCCCUGGAAGUAAAAUUCCAAAGACAUUCAAGAAUCGGAGUAAAAAUUCUUCAAUAACUGUCAAGUUGGGUCCAGCUUGUUCUAGUAAAAGAUUUUUGGGCUUUCUUCUAUGCAUUGUGGUUAAUUUUAAGGGCCCUCAUAAAUUCAAAGUCUGCGGCGGUAGGUGCCAAUAUCUAUUAACAACCGAGCGCCUUGACCGCCUUGACCGUGAUCCUCUCGAACUUACUCAUCAUUGGAAUUGGAAUGCCCCUUUCUGUAUAAGCUUUGAUUCGAAUCAUGUGAUCCUUUUUGGUAGUGGUUUUGGAAGGGAAAUCAAUGAAUCCAUAAACAACCAUUUUGAUGAGGCCUCCAUUGAAUUCUACGUUACAGCUUGCGAUUUUGAUUCCAAUGUUGAGCAUAUCAUAGUGCAAAAAUGUGGUGUCAAUGUAUUAUAUGAGGAUGCUGUCAGAUCCAAUGACAAAGAGGUUGCGUCCAGCACAAAUUACAGAGCUAAUGAUGAGGAAGGCCUUGAUGAUCCUACGACUACGAUAAGACCUAGGCACAGACGAUGUUUUAGCUCUGAUGAAGUGGAAGAACCAGAGCCUAAAAGACUGAAAUAGUUUCGUUUCUUUUGAGGAGGUGCAAGUUCGCAAAUUUCUGAUAUUAUUUAAAGCCCAGGCAAUUCAGUUCCAAAGCUUUUGGUUUCAGUUGAUGCUUUUCUUAGGAUCCCUAAGAGCAGUUGGAAUGUGAAAGUAAGGUCCCCUCUCCCAUAAAAAGGUUCUAUUUUUGCCUAUGUUCAUUAUGCAUUUUAGAAUUACGACAGUAUUUUGCACAUUUUCUGGAACUUUCAUGAAAAUUCAGCCUUAACUUGAUGUGACAUUUUUGAACCUGCAGAUUAUGGAUGUUUCAAGUGUCUCUUUGUCACCAGUAGAAAGGGUUUUCAGAGAAAUAUUGGGUUUUCAAGUCUAGGUUGUGACAAAUCUAGAGAUUUGCAUCCCUUUGCUACUUACUACAUGCUAUUGCUGCUGCCGCAGCAGUUCCAGAUCGUCAAGGUAAAUGAACUUCUAUAACUGGCUGAAAGUGUAAGUUUACCUUUUUCUUUUUUUUUUUUUUUUCAGAAAAAUUAUAUGAAGCAUAACAUGAAAUCUUUAACUAUCAUGUGGUCUUGAAUCGUAAUCAAUUUCAGUGCUUUCUUAAAGCUACAUCAGUGAAGUAGCAAGUUUAUAUCAUCUGAUGGUCAGGACUUUGUCGUUAUCAUCUCACAGUAGAAAAAUAGAUCACACCUGCACCAUCAUUGAGAAUUGGGGAAAAUAAAAACAAAAAGGCCAAAAAUAGAAGGAAACUAGGGCUUUUUUUUUUUUUCCCAAUGGAAGGGUAUUUUAACAUCAUUAAGGAAAGUUUGAAACUUAUUUACCUAAAUGGGAUACUCAUGCUAUGUCAUAUUUUUUACUAUUUUUUUGUUUUCCUUAAACAUACAAAAUACAAGGGAUUACGCUUUCUCUGCUUCGAUGCUUUAACUCUCCUUCAAUCAAAGACCAGUGGCAAGUAUGAAAGGGGAAAUUUAGGUGAACUUGAGUGUUGCUAUAAUUCUUAUGUCACAUCAGUUUGGGUGGAAUUCAUCAGUAGCUGGAUUAGUUCAACCACCAUUUUUUUGGGGAUAUGCAUUGAGUCAAUUGCCAGGGGUUUGCUAGCGAAGCUUUUUGGUUGAAGAGGAAUCUUAUCAAGCCAAGUAAUAGCUUAAAGGGGCCAUCUGGCACUACAGAAAUGCAAUUUCACUUCAUGGGAUGUAGUCAUGCUUCAGCAACGCUUGGGUUUAUUAAGGAUGUGUUUUUAUGCUGUGCAAAGGACUGGGGUCCAGAAACACUAACAUAGGACCUUGAUUGUGUAAAGAACAUUUUCAGGGGCAGUGAUGAUUCAAAGGGCUAGGACCUGCAUAUCAAAGCUGAUGAGCUAUUCACCCAGCUUGAAAAUAAAAUGAUUCUGCUACAGAUGUAUGCAGCAUCGUUAUUCAGUUCUUCAAUUGUAAGUAUCUUUUGUUCUGUCUAUUUUUCCAUGCAAUCUUAUUGUCAUUAUGAAGCACAUCAAACAAAUUUCAUGGAAUACAGAUAUAUUGCAUCGUGAUAAAUGUUUUCCUAGUUUCUUCUCGGUGGCCUUGUUUUUGCAUGCAUUUAUAUUUUUCUUUUGAUUACUAAGGAUAAUUUCUGUUCUAAUAAAACAGCAGUUUUUGUAACUUGCAUAGCUCAAAUGACUUAUGAGUGAAGAGGAAGGGUUCUAUUUAUAUUAUUAAGUACUAGUCUUAAAACUUUAACAUCUUUAAGGAAAGUUUGAAACUUAUUUACCUAAAUGGGAUACUCAUGCUAUGUCAUAUUUUUUAUUAUUUUUUUGUUUUCCUUUUACAUACAAAAUACAAGGGAUUACGCUUUCUCUGCUUCAAUGCUCUAACUCUUCUUCAACCAAAGACCAGUGGCAAGCAUGAAUGGGAACAAUUUAGGUGGGUUCCUCAUUUAUGUGCUUCAUCUCUCUUUUUCUUUUGGGGAUUUGUUGUUAGCUUGAAAUUAAAUUCCCAAACUCUUCAUCUCUAUGCUUAAUUCCGUCAUAGUUUUGGAUUAUAGUUUUUUGGGUUUAUGUAGCAGAAACAGCAAUCACUUGGGUGGACUUGAGUGUUUCUAUAAUUCCUAUGUCACAUCAGUUUGGGUGGAAUCCAUCAGUAGCUGGAUUAGUGCAACCAUCAUUCCUUUGAGGUUAUACAUUAAGUCAAUUGCCAGGGGUUGCUAGCGAAGCAUUUUGGUGGAAGGUGGCCAACUGUACGGACUAGAUACUGUAUGGACUAGGUUUAGUUGGAUACGGCAAAUGCAGACUAAAACUAAUUCUAAUUUUGUUGGUUUAAUUGGAUGUGGAAAAUGCGUUGAAUUUUGAUUGUGCUAACAAUACUUGCAGUUGGGUUGGUUGCGAUGUUUGUUCCCAUUGGUGCUAUGCUGCCUGUGGUAUGCAGAGGAAUCUUAUCAAGCCAGGUCAUAGCUUAAAGGGGCCAUCUGGUACUACAAAAAUGCAAUUUCACUUCAUAGGAUCUGGUCAUGCUUGAGAAAUGUUUGGGUUUGUUAAGGAUGUGUUUUUAUGCUGUGCAAAAUACUGGGGUCCAGAAACACUGACAAGGGAGCUUGAUUGUGAAGAAGAUUAUCAGGGGCAGUGAAGAUUUAAAGGGUAAGGACCUGCACAUCAAAGCUGAUAAGCUGUUCACCUCGCUUCAAAAUCAAAUGAUUUCUGCCACAGAUGCAUGCAACAUCAUUAUUAAGUUCUUCAAUUGUAAGUAUAUUUUGUUCUGUCUAUUUUUCUAUGCAAUCUUAUUGUCAUUAUGAAGCACAUCAAACAAAUUUCAUGGCAUACAGAUAUAUUACAUUGCAAUAAAUGUUUUCCUAGUUUCUUCUCAGUGGCCUUGUUGUUGCAUGCAUUUAUAUUUUUCUUUUGAUUACUAACGAUGAUUUCUGUUUUAAUACAACAGCAGUUUUUGGAACUUGCAUAGCUUAAAUGACUUGGGAGUAAAGAGGAAGGGUUACAAUUAAAUUAUUAAGUACUAGUCUCAAAACUUAUAAAUAUUUAUGCUAUUUAUAGUGUUAUAAUAUACAGCAGAAAAUAUGUGCAGAGAGUCAGAGAACAUUGGACUAUUAUUAAUGGCAUGUAAGAUCAGCACAUUAAAAUGCCACCUUCUCUUUUUAUCCUAAUGAGAGUAUAAAUAUCCCUAGCAUUUCAUAAUCUCAUGAUGAAAUCUCUUCUUGAAUUGGAGGCCUUUUUCCUACUCUGUUUCACUAUUCUUCAGAGACCAGUAGAAAAUAGUGUUAAGUAAAAACAGUAAUGAUAGUGUUGAGGUGUUUCAAUUUUUUUUUAAAUAUAAAUGAUUAUUUAAAAAAUCUGACAUGGCAUUGACAUGGCAUGAAGUACCCCAUUUAUGUAAAUAAAUUUAAAACUACCCCUAUUAAGAAAUAAAGAUUUUAAACUACUCCUCUGUCAGAAAAAAGCUCAAGGAAACUACUUGAGUUUGUUUAGUAAUGAGGAGAGCAGCUAAAUUAUUUUCUUUUCUGUCUAUAAUGUUUCUCCAUUCUGUCAGGGAAAUUAUAGAGUUAAAGCUAUGGAUUUUGAUUCGAAUAUUGAGCAUAUCAAAGUGCAAAAAUGUUGGGUCAAUGUAUUAUAUGUGGAUGCUGUGAGAUCUUAUGACAAAGAGGUUGAAUCCUGUAGAAAUUACAGGUCUGAUUUUGAAGAGGCUGUGAAUCCAACCAUUGAGACAUUGGAAUCAAGUUGUCAUGCUAAUUUAUCAUUCACUAAGAUGAAGAGAAGAGAUGUGAUGCUUCCAUGAUGGAACCUAACUCUGCAAUUGAUCCAAAUUGGCUCCUUGAAAUUUGAUGUCAAAAAAGAGAUUUUCGAAGGAUCAGUGAUGGAAAAAAAUAAAAAGCUAAUGAUGAGGGAGGCCUUGAUGACCCUAUGACUACAAUGAGAACUAGGCACAAAAGAAGUUUUAGCUCUGAUGAGGAGGAAGAACCAGAGCCUAAAAGACUGAAAUACUUUCAUUUCUUUUGAGGAGGUGCAACUUCUCAAACAUAUCUUGCUUUCUGAUCUUAUUUAAAGGCCAGGCAAUUCAGUUACAAAGCAUUGGUUUCAGCUGAUUCUUUUCGUAGGAUUUGUAAGGCAGGUUGGAAUGCAAAAGGAAGGUCCCUCUCCCAUAAAAGGGUUGAUUUCUAUUUGCCCAUGUUGAUUAUGCAUUUCACAGGUUUUUUGCACAUUUUUUGGAACUUUAAUGAAAAUUCAGCCUUAACCUGAUUGACACCGUUGAACCUGCAGAUGAGUGUUUUGAGUAUACUCUUUGUCACCAAUAAGAAAAAUAGUAGAUUUUCAAGUCAAGGUUGUGACAAAUGUUAUUAUUUUCCUUCAAAUUAAUUAUGUGCAACCUUUUCAUGCUAAAUUACGGAAUUUGAUUUUAAUAUGGUGCUAUCAAGCUAGAGACCUGCAUCCUUUUGCAACAAUAUGCUAUUGUUGCUGCCUCUGCAGUUCCAGAUCUUCAAGUUAAUGAAGAUGCAAAUGAUUGGUCUAAGCAAAGGAUGGCAAAACACAGUCCCAAGGCAGAGGGUUAAAACAGAGUCCUAAGCAAUGCGAAAACUCCAAAUGAAGACAAUUUAAGGACACAUGUCAGUUGCUUUUCAGAUAUGGUAAAUCUCAAGCUGCAUAUAGAUUAUUGAUACUUAAAAGAGCUCAAGCGGAGGUAAAGAAAUCAAAUGCAAUCCUAACAAGAUCGAGCCCAGCUUUCCUCGUGAUUCGACUAGGCUCACCUUGAAGCUGAGUUUGUCAUUGCUAUUAUUCAAAGAUGCUUGCACUGAGAAAGCCAAUGGUGAACACUAACAUACACCGACUGCAACGGAAGUUUUAGCGCUGAUGAGGUUGGAAAAGGAGCAGCCGUUGAGAAAUUGGAAGCAAGGACAAUGAGGAUGACAUCUUCCCGACGGUGGUGAACCAAUGAUUGAAUGAGAUAGCUGAAAACCGGAAAAGAUUAUGGUGACCCUUCUACUCAAAUGAAACAAGGAUGGAAUUGAAGUUUUUGCAGUAGUAGGGGGGAUGACCAAGCCCUAAAGAGCUGCAACUUUUCUUUAAGAUUUUUUGCUUUAUGCUUGUGCUUGUGUUACGGGUCGAGACUUAAGUUUCGAAUUCGCGCGGCUCUGGGACCCGAGCAUUCACUCUUCCGGUAUCCCAGAUCAGUCUACCUGCCACGGUUCACACCCUUGUGAGGUAUUGUCCACUCUGACCCCUUGACCUCAGAGUUUUGUCCUACAAAAGGCGCCUCACAAGGCGGUGGGAUUCAAGACUCUUUCUUAGGUCUGUGACAUUCUUCUGCACCCAAUCUCGUGAUGCCCUCGUCACGGAGGCUGACCACCUUGCCUGUCUCCCUUGAGGUACUUGGUGUGGAUCGAACGGUUUAAGGCUGGUUUUAAUACCACUUGUCACAGGUCGAGACUUAAGCUCCGAACCCGCGGGGCUUCGAGACCCGGGCAUUCACCCUUCAGGCGUUCCA